AUGCUGGCGCACCCGAACGGUGUGGUCCGGCCGUCGGCCAAGGAGCCGCUCUUCUCCUUCGGCGUCAUCGCGGACGUGCAGUACGCCGACAUCCCGGACGGGCGGUCCUUCCUCGGCGUGCCGCGCUACUACCGCCACAGCAUCGCCGUCCUCCGGCGCGCGGUCCAGAGGUGGAACGGCGAGAACAGCGUCAGGUUCUGCAUCAACUUCGGCGACAUCGUCGACGGCUUCUGCCCCAAGGACAGGUCGCUGGCCGCCGUGCAGGCGGUGGUGCGCGAGUUCGACGGCUUCCGCGGCGGGCCGGCGUACCACAUGCUCGGCAACCACUGCCUGUACAACCUGCCCCGGAGCGAGCUGGUGUCCGUGCUGCGGAUGCCGUCGGCGUCGCCGGGGCGCGCGUACUACGACUUCUCGCCGUGGCCCGGGUACCGGUUCGUGGUGCUGGACGCGUACGACUUCAGCGCCGUGGGGUGGCCGCGCGACCACCCGGUGUCCUUUGCGGCGCGGCGGUUCCUGGAGAAGCGGAACCCGAACCACGACAAGAACAGCCCGACCGGGCUGGCGGGCACGGACCGGCGGUUCGUGAUGUUCAACGGCGGCGUGGGCGACGCGCAGCUCCGGUGGCUGGACGGCGUCCUCCGCCGCGCGGCGCGGCGCGGGGAGAAGGCCGUCGUGUGCAGCCACCUGCCGGUGCACCCCGGCGCGGCGUCCCCGACGGGGCUCAUGUGGAACUACGAGGAGGUGAUGGACGUCGUGCGCCGCCACGGCGGAUGCGUCGUCGCGUGCCUCGCCGGGCACGACCACAAGGGCGGGUACGCCGUGGACGACCGCGGCGUGCACCACCGCACGCUGGAGGCCGCGCUCGAGUGCCCGCCGGGCACCGACGCGUUCGGGCACGUCGAGGUGUACCCGGACCGGCUGAGGCUCGUUGGAUCGGACAGAAUGGCCAGCACGGAGAUGCUACUCAGCUCCUCCAAUGAGCUAGCUUCCGCGUAG